GGUGCUUUAAAUGGGUGUAAUUUAUUUGGGGCUGUAUAGAAGGGGAGAGGGUCUCAUAAGCAGAAGUUUGCAUUAUUCAUGGUGUUGAAGAUUUCCAUUCAAGGGACAGAACCUUGUGUGGCUUGGCGUUACCUUUUUAACCUUGGGCCUAGAGUCUCUUCGGUUUUACUAAUGGUUUUCCAGAGAUCCGGUCUCGUUAAGUUUUAGGUAUCGCUGGCUCAGCUUGACAAGCAAUCCAAGAUGGCCGUUACUUUUCUCCGACAACGUGUGUUAAGCAAUCAACAAAUUUGCUGCACCUGGCGGUUUGUUUGCCGUCAACUCUGCGCUGUAGCCGUACAACAACAACAUAAAGAAACUCGUCAGACGGGAGUUCCAUUGAUAGUCCCAAAACAUGUGAUCGCCAAAGCUUUCAUCGUGCAUCCUUCGACAACAAGUGUGUUUGAAGCCAGCUCAAAAUAUCAGUGGCUUACUAAAACCAAGUUGUUCGAGGGACUACCUGCUCCCUUUUCAAACGUAGAAAAUUUCCUGGAUGAUAAAGAAUAUGAACAUCUGAGAGAAAAAUUUAAGGAGUCCAUCCUACAAAAUCAUGCUUUCCGCAAAGAAGGAAUUAGUGCUAGCCACAGGUUUAGACGAAGAGGAGAGGAAAUGACCAUGGGGUUUUUGCAAGAUUUGCUUAGGUUUGGAUGGUCGUUAUCUGAUCGACAUCGUCAUUUGGAUGAUUGUUUUCUUGAUUUGAAGCCCAAGAUGAGGAUCCACUGGGCCAGACAUCAUAACUUUUACCAGUUGGAUCAAGAGCCGGCAUUUGUUAUUCGAACAAAACAACCAUCCCAACUUCUAGAGCCAAGUAAGUGAAACAACUUAACUCUUUGAUUGGAACAUUGACAGUAUAAAUCAACUCAGUUGCUGUAGUUCUGAUGAGAAAUUUCUUAUUACACCUUAUUAGUGGAGUAUGAGGUCUGUGUUUGAAAUACUUGUCUAAGUAGGUAAUCAAUAUGAAAAACGGAAAAAUCACAAUACAACCAAACUCAAUUAAGUGUGUUCAAACAGCAAAAACAAGUUUUCUGUUCUCCAAGUGUGGUUUGGUUUUGUUCAAUGGUCAAGCAGUGAACAUAAGAUAUUUACAAAGUGCUUUCACAUGGUUUGUAUCCCAAGAAGUACCACACAGUUUUAACAAGGCUUUUGUGAUCUGAGAAUACUAUGUCACGAUAUUAAUUUUAUUGGGCUUAAUUUUAAUGGCCCAACUAUAUUUUUAUUCAGUUGUGGAGCUGUUGUGUAGUGUAUUCUCUUGUUACUUUACACUGUUUCCUAUUGUUACAUUUCUUAAUGGAAACCAUGGUUUCAGAAAACUUAAAUCUUUUUAUGGCCUUCUAAAGGUGGAGAUCUUUUCACUGACAUUUUCUGCCAAAUGGUAUAGGCAGGUUGAGUGGCCCAUUAUAGUGAACUGUAGACCUAAUCGUAGGUGAAGGAAAGCACUGGUAUCAAGCCCAUGACGCCUUUUGGCUAUAAUCACUAUAGGAAAGAUAGACUGAGAUAACUUUGAAAAGAAGUUGGAGAGCAGAAUUCUAAGGCAGUUCUGCCUCUAACCCUGUUUCAUAGCAGAAUCCUGCAGGACCCCCAUUCCCAAACUUUGCUUGCUGUAGACCCUUUUAAGUAUGGACCAUCCAAUAGUAGAGAGAGACAGUCUACCUGAUACAGAAGGUGGUGUCAAGAGUUAGUAUCAUUGGCCGUGUUAGAAGUUUCAUCACAAAAGGGGCAGCAACACUUGUUCACAACACUUUAAUUCUUCCAUUAUAUGAUUACUGUGACAUUGCCUGGAGUAACCUUGUACAGCGAAAUAUAGAUCGGCUACGGCACCCACAGAAUAGAUCUGCAUGGACCAUCACGCAUUGCUCUCACUCAUCUGAGGCAAUAAAGCAGCUGCACUGGCCGACUCUUUCCAGUAGAUGCUCUUACCACAUUAGGCUAAAUUCAUUUUUCUCUGUCUUCACUCAUUAGUCCCUAGUUAUUUUUCAUUAUAUUUUACUAGAUUUUUGAACAUUCACAAUUAUUCCACGAGGCAAAGUAUGAGGCUAUACCUACCAAACAUGAAACAGAAUUUUGGGAAAAGGACCUUUCUUUUAAGUGGUGCAAAAAUUUUUAACAAACUCCCUGUAAACAUUUUUAAGAGUGAAAACCUUCAGAUGUUCUGCCACCAAGCAAGACAUUUCUUUUUAUCAUGAAUUUGAUGUUUUAUUAUAUUUUAGGCUUUAAAAGUGAUUUUGCAUUGUACUUUUUAGGCUCUUAAUGUAGUUCGCAAAUUCUAUUGUUGUAUUUGUAUUAGGCUCUUUGAAUGUGAUAGUUUAUGAAAAUUAUUGAUGUAAAUUGAUUUUCAAAGGUACAGGGUCCCUAUGGAGACCAGUCUUGGAGCUGAAUAGGCUACCCUGUGUAAAUUAAGUUUUAACUACCACUAUAGACACAAGUUUACACUAAGGCAUACAUCAUUUAAGAGAGAGUAAUCCAACCUUUUUACUCAAUAACAUUACAACCUUGGAAGCAGCAGUUCACCAGUGAUAAUCCAAGCUCGGUAUGUGUAGGGGUUAUGAGGUCUUAUUUGAUAGUUAUCGUUUAUCAAGCUAGGCAAAUAUGAUUUCCAGCAUUCUGGGUAUGGAGUUUCAUAUUUACUGUAAAAAUACACCCAUACUUUGCCAAAACUAAUCUAACUCGUUUAUGUUUUCUUUACCCACAGAUGUAGAAAAAACAUCCUUGGAAACAAUCCCUGGUCCAUUUGAUAACUACAGCAUCAAUGUCUUCCGCCAUCCCAUCUUACAUCUACAGAACAAACCAGGCUUUCAGAACAGUGCAUUUUACAAAUACCCCUACAAUCAUGCAAUGUUUCUGACAAACAUAAACAAACUGACAUAUGAUCAGCAGCAAGCUUAUGGAAUCAUGAGCAUGUUUGGUUCUCUGGUUGCCCUGGCAAUGGAUUAUGGUGUUCAGAUGGGUCAACACUUGCAGAAGCCACUUGUUACUAAGUGUGUUAUCACAGAUGGAAUCCAGUGCACUUUGAUGUGCUAUCAACUGAACACACUCUCAUUUCAGGAAGACUUUGGAAUCAAGAAUUGUGCAUGGGUUUCACACAGCAUGAAUCUUUUUGAGGUAACAAAUGCUAAACACAAACCACUUUUAUUUGAGACUUUGGAUGUGGACAACAAAGUGUGUGGUUUUAAUGAUGAAUGUUUCAAAACUGUUUUAGCUUUCCUUUGCAAGGAAACUGAGUCAUGAACCAUUUUAGAACCUUCUAGUUGUUCCUAUAUUGUCUACAGAUAUUUUAAAAUUUAUUUCACCUUCUGGAUGAACAUCCAAUCACAUGUCAAGGUGGGCAACACUAGCCACUAUAAUGUAAUUCAAGUUUGUAUAUUAGUUUUACAAUUGUAUAACAAUAAUUAUCUUCAAGUACUGUAGUUAUUCAAUAAGAACUUACUAAAAAUUGCUAUUUUAAAAGAGCAAAGAACAAACUUUAAAUGCAAUGCAUCUUGAAAACUGUCAGGAGGGCUGUUAAAUGGUUAAAACUGUUUUACACUCAGUUGGGGAUUUAUAUGUCAAGUCACUGAUUAUUUGUCUUCCUGUGUUAUAUGUUGAUUGUAAAAUUUAAGGUGUUUUUCAUCAAAAUUUCUGCUAGAUGGAGGUUAUUUCAGUCUUUGAAUACAAAAAGAGGUUUGAAUCACUCUUCUGCCAUAUACUUUAUCCUUAAACCCAAUGAUAGGUAAAUAUGCAGCUCUACAUAGAUCAGAUGCAGCAGCUAAUGACAUGUACCCGUUAAUGAGCUUUGCAGCAGAAUUUUCAAACCUUUCACUUGGCAUACAGUAGAUAAAUGAAUUUAAGGUGGCAUUUAAGUAGCAUUCAAUUUUAAUCUAGGGUUGUAUUCUUGGAUACAACUAAUCAUUUUGUUGAACCACUGUGUAAACAGAUAUCACCGUUAAUACAAACAGAUUUCUCAGAAUUCCAAUAAUCAAAACGAGCCCAUCCAAUGUGAUAAGUGGUAUAGCAAUCAUCAAAGACAGUCUUCGGAACAUGUGAUUUGAUGUACUCACAUCUGUUCCGUUUGGAUACAUCCUUCCACGUAGACUCGUGGGUGAAUUCUAUAAAGAGAAAGCAUUGUGUGAAGUGAGGAUAUGAUUCUGGGAAGCAAACUGAUUGUGAUGAGUCCUCCAGGCCUCACGAGAGGGACAAUCACGAUCUAUUAUACGAUUGGAAAUCUUCUCUUUUUAAUAAAUUUAAGAAGAACUUUUUUGACGUUUGCAAAUGAGAAUGUGUUGGGUGCUAUUUUUAUUCUUGGUACGAAAUAACAUAGUUUGUUAUUGCCGGCGACUUAAACGGACUGACAGCAUGAGCCCUGAUCAAUAGCAUUACCUGUUUAAUCGGAACUCAAGUGUAGCAUCAAAUAUGGCCUAC